AUGUCGUCCACAGACGAUCUCCAGACCAUCCCUGCACGCCAUGGUACAGCCACGUUCGUGCCCAAGGGCAGCACGAUCAAGAUUGUAAACACCUCGGGCACUCAAGUUAUAGACACCUGGGCCUUUGCUCUGCCGACACCACCCAAAAAGAAAGGACCACAAGAAGAACCGCAGACCGAGGACAAGGAUAAGAGCUAUCAAGAGCAGGAUGAGAAGGAGAAGUUGAGGCUUGCAGAAGAGGAAGACAAGCAGCAGCGAGAAGAUGAAAAGAAAAGGCAAGACGAGGAAGAGAACAGGAAGAAGAAGGAGCAAGAAGAAAAAGACAAGGCUAGCAAGAAGAAGGGCAACAGGAAGUCGCGAGGAAGCUUGGACUUGCCCUCGCAAGAAGAGGCUGAAGCUGCGACUUCCCAGCAACAGCAGUUGGCCGAUGCCGAAUCCAAGCAGCAGUCGACGCCGACCAAGAGCAGCUGGUCUUCGUACCUUCCUUCUUUGCGUGGAAGAAAGCAAGUCACCGAUGGAAGUGCCAAAGAAGAUGGCAAGGCUUCCGAGAAGAAGGAUGAGACUGCCUCGACAGAAGAGUCUGACAAGCAACAAGACAAGGAGAAUUCGAGAAAAUGGGGCAGCUAUUUGCUCAAGGGUCAGGGCGUUACCAGUUAUCUGCCCAGCAAAGGAGCCAUCUCUGCUUUCGCCGCUCAGCAUGCACGCGAUCCCAACAAGACGUAUGCAGAGCAACUUGCCGACUUUUCUCGAACCCCAGUCGGAGCUGCAUCUCUGUCAGCUCUUACUGGUUCUGGAUCCGUUUCCUCCCUCUAUGCUGGCUACAGUGCCUGGAACGCCAUGCAUGGUGACACCGCCCAAAUGGAGUAUUUGAGCAUGCCGCAUACUCGCGCCUCGACCCUCCACAUGGUCCCUCGCGUCAAUGACGUUCUCGUUUCCAACCUGAGAGAGCCCAUGUUGACCCUCAUCGAAGACACUAGUUCUGGUGUUCACGACACCUUGAUCCCCGCCUGCGAUCCUCAACGCUACAAGGCUCUGGAGAUUGAAGAUUGGGAACAGCACGGCUCGUGUGCUGAGAAUUUGGUCCUUGCACUCAAAGAGCUCAACGACCGCGCUGGGCUCAAGGGACCCAAGGGUGUUGGUGCUUCAGUCACGGUCAACUCGGUCCCGGCACCACUCAAUCUCUUUAUGAACAUCCCAUGGAAAGGCGAUAAGGGUGAUCUCUCAUUCGAAUCACCCAAGUGCAAAGAGGGCGAUUACGUGCGCUUCAAGGCUGAGAGGGACAUCGUGGUCAUCAUGUCUGCAUGUCCCAAUGACGUACAGCAGAUCAACAAGGGUCAGUCCAAGGACGGACACUUCUUGGUUGAGCACGCCGAUGACUCGGAAGACGAAGAAGCCCCCACCGAGGUCAAGAAGGCCGAGACCAAGACCGACAAGAAGAAGCCACGCAAGUUGGGCAAAAAGGAUGAAGCCAAGCCUGAAGGAAAGGCAAAGAGUGAGAAGCUAGAGGAACCAAAGGUGGAGAAAGCACUUCUUCCCAAAACUCCCGCGCUCGAGAAGUCAGAGUCUUCUGCUUCGCCUGCUCCCAAGUCCAAGAGCAAACUAAAGAACGACAAGCCUGAAGAACAGAAGAAGGCCGAGAGGACUCCCCUGCCCGAAACACCUGCGACCGAGAAGUCGGAGGCCGCCUCUUCUCCUGCACCGCCGAAACAGCUCAAGGGCAAGCCCCAAAAGCUAGCCGAUGAAGCACAGAAAAAGGCAGAGAAUACACCACUUCCCGAGACGCCUGCCAUCGAGAAGUCUGAAUCUGCCGCCUCUCCUGCUCCCGCAUCGUCUUCAGGACAAGCUACUCCUAAGCCUAAGGGCAAGCCCAAGAAGUUGGUUGACUCUGCGACGGGUGAGAAGAAGAAGCCCCGAAAGCUGGAGUCGAGGGCCAAGGGUACCGCUACCCCCAAGUCUGGAUCUGCCGCAAGUCAACAGGUUGAAUUACAGAGCAACCCUGAGAAAGAAACUGUAAGAGGUGGAAGUGGAGCAAACGAUGAACAAAGGGAGCUUGACAUGGAUUCUGACGCAGAGAAGCAAGGUAAAGACCGAAACACUGGCUUGACUGGAGGGGAGGAAGAGUUGGAUAGGAGUUCGGUCGAGCCCAAUGACGAAGAAAAGGAUGUCGAACCAGUCGACAACAAAUGGGUGUCGCGUGCGGAAAGUGUCGAUGAAAGGAUCAGGAAUACUGGACUCAGAACAGUGCAAUCGCUGUUCAAUGGCGGAUUGGCGUUGUUUGCUCUUGGAGCGUUGUCGCCUGUUGGUUUGCUUCUGAAACAUUUGGAUGACAUGAAGCCAGACAAAGAUGAUUGUGGGCCUGAGAACAGAGACAACUGA